AUGCGUUACAAGUCAAUGAGAUAUAUUUACAUAGCGGGCAUAUUGUUGUUCGUUGGUAACUUGCUAAGUUCAUGUGUCGUAUUCCUUCACGUUCACAACACAACGCACUUCUUCCUCGUCAAUCCACUAUCUCGUCUUUCCGCUGGCAAAGAUACAGAGUGCCAUAGAAAAAGAAAUGAGAACACCGUAAAUAUAUCUAGAGCCAGUUUCUUUUCACCACAAUCGAUAUUUUUUCAUUCAACAUCUUGUAAUAAAAUAGUUCAGGAUUACGAAGCGUGUGCAAUUGAAGCAGCAGCGAGACUUCAUCCUGACACUGAGAUAAAUUUAUUAUAUACUAGUCCGAUAUCUCGAAGCACUUGGAGUGAUCAUUUAGAUCAAUUGGUGAAAUUUGAUAAUUUCCGUCUAGUUGGUAUACAUGUACAAAGUUAUGCUGAUGGUACGAAAUUCGAAGAAUUCUGGAAAAAAGGUUUAAUUCACAGCAGAUUAGGUAAUCAUAAAGAAGUAGCGGAGUACAUCAAAUUCUUGACUCUACACAAGUUCGGCGGUACGGUACUGCAACUGGACGUUAUUGUAAAUAAACCUCUAGAUGAUUUAGGAGUCAAUUGGCUGGUAAAGAAUGGAGAUGGUUUGCUAGCUACGGACGCUAUCUCCAUAAGAAGAUCUAAUAUUGGUCGAAAUAUUACAGGCAAUAUAUUGAGACUCCUAAGUGAUCAAAUAUUAAAAGGAAGUAUCAACGGCAGUCUGGCAUUGACUCAGGCAGUCUCAGACCUCUGCCCGGGUCGGGACUUGAGGGUGAAGCAAGUAGAGCCAUGUUACGGUUUUGAAAUCGUUGAAGACGUGCUGUUCCAUCCAAUAAGUAGUGACAACGCUCAUUAUUUUCACCAGUCAGGCAGUUACGACAGGAAGGCGUUCGCACAUAGACUCUGGCACACUGAUCGCGCAGAUAGGGUGAUAUCACACAGAUCGCUUUACGCUGACUUAGCACGGACUUUUUGUCCGUCUGUCUUUUCUAAAUUAAAUUAUGAUUAUUAA